UAGGCAUUCAUUAUCCGAAUCCCAAAAAUUCAUUUUCACUGGGCUUUGGCGAGUGGCGUAGAAUCGCGAUUCUUUCUCUGCUGAAGCAAACUCCCUGUUUUCCUUUUUGUUUUCUUUUUCAAUUUCUAAUCCCUUGCUCCAUUUUCAAGUUACAUUUCAUUCGGAGCUCAAAACUUCGUAGGAUUUUUUUUUUUAAUCGAUGUUCAAAAUCGAAGGUCAGUAUUUAUUCAAUAAAGGGAUUAAAGAGUGGGCUUUUGUUGAAGUGUGCUCAAGAGCCAAAAAACAUGGGCUUCGCUGCUGCUCUUCGCCCUAAUCUUCCAGCUACUUUUCCUCUUCGUUUUCGCCAGUUAUCUACUCAGAGGCACAGUUGGAAACAGAAAACGCUACCUUUUGUGGCAGUAACAAGAGGGAAAGGCCAUUCUCUUCUUAUUGUCGAAUCUGUCUUGAAUAACAGUAAGUCGAGCAUCAAUGACAAUGGGGCAGCUGAAUCUGCAAAAGUUCUUCUUGAGAGAUUGUUUGCGCAGACCCAGAAACUCGAACAAGGAAUAAGCCGAGAUGGUGAACCACUUAAGGAUUUUCACCUUGCUCUUGACCUUCAGACUCUUGAGUCUGAUCUGCUUGCUGCUUUGACAGCGUUGAAGCAGAAGGAAGAUGAUCUACAGGAUGCGGAGAAAAUGGUUGUGUUGGAGCAAAGUGAGUUAAGCCGUGCGAAGGAUGAGUUGGAGCAACGGGAGAAAGAAAUUGCUGCUGCAUCUUCUAAGCAUGAAAAACUGGAAGAGAAGCUAACGCAGGCAAAUCUUGCAUUUGCUUCUCAAGCUAGUCAGAUAGAAGAUUUGAAGCUUCAACUCAAAGAACAAGACCAUAAGGUUGCUGCUGCACAAUCUACACUGUCUGCAAAAGAAGAUGAAAUGGAUAAAAUGAGGCAUGAAUUGGUAAAGAAGACUGAGGAAGCUGAGAAGAUUCGUUCUGAACUUACAUCGAAGUCUCAGCUCCUGAAUGAAGCCAAUGAAGUUAUGAAGAAACAAGAAAUUGAGCUUCAAGAACUCCGAGAAGCAAUUUGGGAGAGAGAAGAGGAGUUAGAAACUUCUCUGACUCAAAGGAAACUUGAAGAGGAGAAGCUGAAAGUUGCUGAAGCUAAAUUGCAGCAGCAGACCAUGGAAUGGUUAUUAGCCCAAGAAGAACUGAAGAAACUUGCAGAACAAGCAUCUAGACACAUGGGAGAAGCUAAUGAGGCCUUCAAAGAUUUCACAAGGGUGAAGCAGCUACUUUCUGAUGUUAGGUCUGAGUUGGUUUCUUCUCAGAAAUCUCUGGCAUCGUCAAGACAGCAAAUGGAACAGCAAGAACAGUUAUUGAAAAUGCAACUCGAAGAGCUUGAAGAACAGAGGAAAAGUGUUGCAUCCUACAUGGAAAGCUUGAAAAAUGCCCAGAUAGAAGUAGAGAGUGAAAGAGUGAAGCUUAGGGUUGUAGAGGCUCGAAACAAGGAUCUUGAACGGGAUUUAUCUGUAGAGAGGGAACUAAUAAAAGAGUUACAAGAGGAGCUGAAGAAAGAGAAAUAUUCACUUCAGCUGGCUAUCCAGGAUGCCUCUUUUCUUCGAAAGCAGUUAGGGAAGAAGCAUACUGAAUUUGUUGAAAUGAACAAUGUUCUGCAAAAUAAAGAAGUAGACCUGGUGGAGGCUAAACUCGAAAUCCAGCAUCUGAAAUCUGAGAGAGCUUCUCUUCAGCUUAUAUUGGAGGAGAAAGACCAGGAACUCUCUGAUGCCAAAAAGAAUUUAGAGCAAUUAAACCAAGAGAUUGCAGAGCUGAAGAUGCUUAUGAGCAGUAAAGAAAAUCAGCUCAUUCAAGCUACUGCUUUAUUAAAGGAGAAAGAUGAAUAUGCUCUGAAAGUACAAGAUGAGUUGAAUGAUACAAAGAUGAAGUUCUCUGAAGCUGAAACUGUCAUAGAACGAAUUGCAGAACUCACAAACCGACUAGUUAUCUCAGUUAAGGAUGAAGACAAUAAUGUGUUGAGGCCUGUUGAUGAUGUGAGCAGCGAAUUAAUGCAUCAGCUGGUAGAUAGGCCUUCUAGUGAUUUUGGAUUGCAGAAAAAGCAACUUGAAACUGAACUCAGAUUCACUAAAGAGAGCUUAAAAGAUAAAGAAAUGGAAGUUCUUGCUGCACAGAGGGCUCUUGCAAUAAAAGAUGAAGAGCUCAAAAUGGUUCUUGGAAGGUUGGAGGCAAGAGAAAAAGAACUACAAAGGCUGAAGGAAGAAAUGAUUGAAGAUGCUAAUGAUAUGAAGAAGCUUUAUGCUUUGGCACAAGAGAGAAUUGGGGAGAAAAGUAUAGGUGACUUGGCCAUUGAGAAGCUGCAGCUCGAGGCAGCUCAACUGGAAGUUGAAGCUGCCACGAGUGCUCUUCAAAAACUGGCUGAAAUGAGCCAUGAACUUUUGAUUAAAGCUAGCACUAGUAUUGAGUCUGAUUCUGAUACCAGUAUCUUCCUGCAAAGUGGUUCUGAUCCAAUGAUUAGCAUGAUGAAGAACGAUGAAAGUUUCACUGAGGUUAAAACAGGAGUAGCCAAGCUUUCAGCUUUGACAGAGCAGCUAGUGAAAGAUGCUGGAAUUGUUGGUGCACACCUGCAAAGUUAAAGCUCCUGACUUGAUGUUGUAGAUAAAUAUCUGACUGUUUUUGCUCGCAGUGAACGGCCGGCAUUGGGUGGCGUGUUCAGCUCAGCAGAAUUUUGGGUCGUAGGUUAGUUGCCUGCUUCUUGAUUAUUAAUCAUGUUCUCAUCGAUCAUGCAGAUGUCAAAACGUAUAAUAUUCUUUAGUUUGAUGCUGAGCAAAACUCUACCAACUAUUUAUUCCUUGCUCUGAAGUAGAGACUUAGACCUUCUGUGUACUUGUAUCAUGUUCAUGUAUUUUAUCAUGUUACAAUCUGUGUUGAAGUUAUUUUAUAUUUAUAUAAAUUAUGAGAUUUUAAUAAUUCA